AUGCGCCCAUCCUGCAGUCUGCGACAAGUAAGUCGCACCAGUCGCACCCUCCUGCACUCUCAGGGCCCUGCACCACUCCGAACCGCUUGGACAAUCACCACAACACAUCGCCCACGCCAUGCGAUAACUCCACAAUGCGCACCUUAUACACCACGCCGUGCCUUUGGCCUCCCCUCGCUCUCAUCCUUCAUUCCCUCACCUAAUGGCAACAGCGACCCGAAGCGCGUCCUCACAGCCACACGUACCCUCCCCUUCUCGCCCGCCCUCCUCUUCAAAGUCAUCUCCUCGGUCGAAUCCUACUCGCAAUUCCUCCCCUUCCUCACAGCCUCAACGGUUACUGCCCGGGAUCCAGAUUCAGGAUAUCCUACCCAAGCCUUCCUUACCGUCGGCUACGGUCCUCUCAGCGAGACUUUCACUUCACGGGUAGACUGUGAUUCAGCAAAAGGAAUCGUCGAGGCGCGCAGCGGUGCCAAGUAUGGGCAGCAGGGCGAGAAGGCGAAGGGCGGGAUGAGUGGGUUCUUCCCCGGUGCGAAUGAGGGGAUCUUUGAGUAUCUUGAUACAAAGUGGCAGUUGGCACCGUUGGCGGUUGACAAGAAGGGUGGGCCGCAGACAAAGGUUGAUCUGGAGGUGCGGUUUGAGUUUAAGAAUCAGUUGCAUGCUGCCAUGAUGAGUGCUGUGGAGGGGCAGAUGGCCAAUGUUAUGAUUGAGGCAUUUGAGAAGCGUAUGAGGGAGACGCAUUCUCAGGGUCAAUAG